AUGGCUGCCUAUGCCAGUGCUCACAUGUUGCUGGCCAACCCCGCUCCGUACGACAAGUCCAAGCUCACCAACGGCCCGCUGCUGGACAACGGAAGCGACUUCCCCUGCAAGGUCGGCAAGGUGACGUACUCGGCCGAGGGCGCCAGCAACGUCUACCCCCAGGGGAGCUCGCAGAAGCUCGAGUUCACGGGCUCGGCGGUCCACGGCGGCGGAUCCUGCCAGCUCUCCGUCACGACCGACCUCAAGCCGAACAAGAACUCGGUCUGGAAGGUCAUCAAGUCGAUCCACGGCGGGUGUCCCGCCAAGAACACGCCGGGCAACCUGGGGGACAACCCCAGCUCCAAGGACCCCUUCACCUACGACUUUACCAUUCCCAAGGAGAUGGCCGCCGGCAACUACACGCUCGCCUGGACGUGGUUCAACAGGAUCGGGAACCGGGAGAUGUACAUGAACUGCGCUCCCCUGACCGUCACGGGGUCGGGCGGCUCCUCGUCCUUUCUCAACACGCUGCCCGACAUGUUUGUCGCCAACGUCAACAACGGCUGCACCACCGUCGAGGGCUCCGACGUCAUAUUCCCCAACCCGGGCAAGGACGUCGACAGCUUUGGGGGGGCCGCCAUGGAUGCUUUCAAAGGGGCGCGGUUUACCGGCAACUGCCAAAAGCCGGCUGCCGGCGGCGGCGGCGGCGGUAGCGGAAGCGGUAGCGGAAGCGGUAGCGGUGGGGGUAGCGGCGGCGGCUCUCCCCCCGCUUCGCCCCCAGCUUCUUCCGCUGCCGCCUCUCCCACGAUUCCUGGCGGAGUCUUUAUCACCCAGAGCCAGCCCGCCGAGACGCAGCCCGCACCGACGACGCCCGCGGCCGUUCCCACCGGCGGCAACACGCCUCCGCCGUCCGGUUCCAACGGCACCACGCCUCCGCCGUCUGGUUCCGACGGCAACACGCCUCCGCCAUCCAGUUCCAACGGCAACACGCCUCCGCCGUCUGGUUCCAACGGCAACACGCCCCCGCCGUCUGGUUCCAACGGCAACACGCCCCCGCCGUCCGGCAGCUCGGGCGCCUUCCCAGCCGGCACCGCAUGCUCGCCGGAAGGCCAGUGGAACUGCGUCGGCGGCACCGCCUUCCAGCGCUGCGCCAGCGGCCAGUGGUCUGCCGCCCAGCCCGUCGCCCACGGCACGAGCUGCUCCCCCGGACAGGCCAGCGAGCUCAAGCUGGCGCUCGCUUCCAAGCGCAGCCGCCGCGCGCGCCGCGCGCGCCGCGCCCUGCGCUUCGUUGCGUGA